AUGGCCAUUAUAGACUUACUUACACAAUCAACAGAAACCAGGCAGGCAUUAGUAGCGUUCUUUGUUAAACCCAGGCUUACCUGGACUCUGGACCCUCUCCAGCCUGUCUGCCAGUUAAUUAAGGUCAGCUAUUCGGUCAUAGAAAUGGCUGCGACGACUCCUAGGCGGUCGACGCGGAUUCCGCAUACUCAUACACCGAAAAUGUCUGAGCGUAAGAAGGGGUUAUUUCAACGGGAGGAGUUGCCUUCGCGGGAGUCACUGACAACGCAUAGGAAGCUGCCGGUGGUGGAUAGCGAGAGUGAUAGUGAAGAUUGUGACUUGGGAAUCAUCAGUACGUUGGAUUCCAGCUCUGAUGAGAAUGAACAGAAUGUUCCCAAGACUCCUGAGAGAAGCUUGUGGCAUGAAACAAGAAGUCAAACUCGUAAGCUUCUGAAGGAAAGCAAUGAUUUGAAGAAUUUUAUCAAGUCUCCAUUCACUUUGAAGAAGUAUCAGACAAGGUAUUGUCCCGAGUCAAAAUGUUCUGGUUCAGUAUCCACUCCGGCUACUCCACACCUGAACAACCACCCUGGUACUCCAUCUUCUACACACUCAUGUGCCAGUGUCCACACAACAUCUUCUACCUCAAGCCGGGCUCGCAAAAGCCUGGCCAGUCUCAUCGCAGACACAGAAAGUUGCAGCAGCUCUCUAAAAGACCUAAACUUUGACACUGAUUCAGGCACAGAUUCUAAGGAAAAUACACCUACAAAAUCUUUAAGGAGAUCCAAUAGAAGGAAUAAGCUGACUCCAAAAUUCCACAGCUUCAAAGGCAUACUUCUAGAACAGAAGAAAAAUGUCUCCCCAAUGAAAAACGCAGUGGUUUGCUUGACAAAAAUGGACAUGAAUAGUAUCAUAUCCCCUACACAGAUGCAGAAAACUCCUCAAACGACAGACGCGGGUGCUUCGCCCCCCAAGUUGGGACACAACCGCCGUUCCGUCAUUGAGAUUGGUGAAAGUCCUGAAUCGGCUUGUGACAGCGAAAAGAGCAAUAAGAGACUACGGAACGAUAGUCUUUCGGAACACGGUCCAAAUUCUAAGUACCCUAGACUGGAAAAUGCUCCUAAGGCACGCCUGUCGUUGUUCAACAGCGACAGGCUGAAAGAAAUCUUAUCUGCUAAGUCGUUCUACGGGAAGAGCAACCCGGACCUGAAUACCAACCUAACAGCCAAGAUUUCGCAUGCGAUUGAAGCUACGACCAGCAACAGGCGUUUAAGACAUUCGCACUCUCAUAGGCGUAAGAGGAAGCCGGGACAGAUUAAUUCAGGAGUGAGACAUAGGAUCAGGAAGCCGAAGUAUAACAAGAGUAAGGUGAUGAAGUACCAGAAUGCUUCGUUGAAUAGUUCCAUGUUGAAUGACACCGUCAUUUCGAAUCCUAAUGUGACGGACGCGUCAAUGGUCAGCCAGAACUCGUCGCAGGAACUCUGUAAUGACAAAGCAGAUCCAUUUGACAAAGAAAAACAAACAAUCGAAGCCCUAUUAAGUCAAUGGACAGAGGAAGACAUUCCGGAAUCCGAACUAUCAUAUUCAAAGCCCAUGCAAGAGCUACCAUGUUUCAACAGCACAGUUAUAGAAGAAACCAAACAAAUAUUCCAACCAAUCACAGCUGUGCCAGUUAACAUGGCAACACUACCACAAGAUAGCGAAGCUGUUAUUGUGGAAUUGGGUUGCCAGAAAGCAAUAACACCGCAGAACAGUUGUCUACCGUCGACGGUAGAGCCGUUACCACAAGUGGCAUUACCACCAACGGUAGCACCUUUGACUACGUUGUCACGAGUGGCGGUGCCAUCGAUAGAUCUGACUUUGCCACCUUCGGCUACGAAUGACGUGGUUAUGACAGAAGUGGACGGUCAUGCGCAGAGCCAUGGCGAGCUGCCUAAGAGUGGACAAUUUUUGCCUGUUGAAGGCGGAUAUAUCCUGGUUGAAGAGAAUGCUGUGCAAGCGCAAGAAGUACUACCGGACUUAGACGAGAUCGAGCGCGAACUGAAGAUGCUGGACGAACAGAUACUUAAGAUGGCGGAGUCUAAUAAUAUCAACCCUGAAGCCGUGCUAGCAUCCACUGAGACCAUACCAGCAGUUGGCAAAGAUGUUCCGACGACAUCUACAGAAACAAGUGACAAGUCUGACAAACCUAAAUUGUUCCCCAUCUUUGACAAGCCCAACCCUGGCAUUGUUGUUACUGGCAACUCGAAAGGUGGAGACAAGAGUAAACGCUUGAUUAAGACUGGAGAUGACCAGUAUGUGAUAGACGCUGGACAGAAGAGGUUUGGAGCCACGCAGUGCGCUGAAUGUGGAACUAUCUAUCAGAUCGGUGACCCUCAAGAUGAACAUGAUCACUUGGUGCAUCACAAUGCCACAGACGUGUUGAAGUUCAAUGGUUUCAAAGACGAAUGUAUAGUGGACAGGCCGAGUCCCACAGAGCGGUGCAUCCGCAUCCGAGGAGGAGAGAAUGGGUGGAAGAAAGUAGAACAAUUACUAAACAGAGUCGUACAUCCUCACCUGGGGUAUGGGAACGAACUUCCCAAGGACCAGAUACAUGCCUUUACGGCUUACUUAUACGUAGAUAAGAAACAAAUAGUGGGUUGUUUGAUCGUGGAGCCCAAGUUGCGCGCUUAUAAGCUGAUCCCCGGCGACCCUGACUGCUGCAGCGUCGAGGGCUAUUCUGUCAAAUGCGGCGUAUCCCGAAUUUGGACGCAUAUAAACCACAGGAGGCGUGAUAUUGCAGCUCGCCUAUUAUCUUGCGCUAGGGCUUCCUUCCUGUACGGUGAAGCCCUAAAAGUGAGUGACAUCGCCUUUAGCGCUCCUACGGCCGCUGGCAAAGCCUUCGCGACCAAAUACUGUGGAACGUCAAACUUCUACGUAUAUUUGGAAUAAAGACAGCCAGUAUAAGUGUGAAAAUACUUUAUAGAAAGUGUAUUUGUGUUCAAUAAGUUCGGUUUGCAAACUCCAUGACGUGUAAAUAUUAAUAUGAAGUGUUUUUUAAGUGAAAUUAAGUGUUUUUGUUGGUAUUUAGCUUGGUUGCAGUGUGUGAAUGUAGUUUAAUAGGUUUUUUAUAAUAAUUCUGAUGAUUUUUGAGGACCCCAAGGUCCUUACUCCAUUAUAGACCUUAUUACUGAUGUUUAGAGACUACUUUUGUAUGAACAAAUGUGGUGGAUUUAGAAGUGUUAAGUUUCUAUUCCACUGUGAGUAAGAUUAUAACAUUUUUCCUAUCAAAACUUAUAGUUAUUAUUAUAGAAAGCCUACACUACCACUAGCCAGCUAAAAUAAUACCAGCUAACAACAAAAUUUUCAUAAAUAUGUGUGUGAAGUGCAAAAAACAAGUCUACCUCAGAGUGUGAAAACUGGAGUGCAUUUGUGACUAUAUUUAACUUACGUGUGUUCUAAGUUAUAACUUAAUGGACAAUAAUUAAUGCAUAGAAUGCAUUAAUAUGUAAAAUUACGUGUUUUAUGAACUUUUUACUUGAAUUCUUGUGUUGAUAAUGUGGCUAUAUUAUUAUACUUUGAUUAAUAUUGUGGAUAAUUACAAUGAUGUAUGAAACAAGGGCAUUAAUAGGUUUAAAAGCUACUGUAAUGCUAAAAAUGUUCUAAAUCUAUAGAAAUGUUGCAAAACUGGUUCAUAUUUGUAUUUGAAUAAUACUGGAAUACUAUUUCAAUGGUCAGUUUUAUGAUUGCAAUACAAAUGUGGUUAAAAAGUAUAAUUUUAACUGUUGUUUGUAAAAGAUUAUUAUGGUGAAAAACAAUGAUUUUAAUAAUUAACAUUUUGCAUGCCUUACUG